GCAAUGACGCCUGCGCCGGGGUCCGGGGCGCGCACCCUGUGGAGGGCCUGCAACUGGCUCAUGGCCGCCUUCUUCGCCCUGGCGGCCCUCGUGCAGGUCAGGCUGGCGCUGGGCGGCGGGGAACGGGACCUGUCGGGCUCCGCGCUCCGCCCCCAGGCCCAGCCUGCAGUAGUGACCGACCAGUCCGCAGAAUGGCAGGACUGGUCAGUUUGUGGGGAGGACAGGAACUGAGAUCGAAGCUUGGAGAACCCCAGGGUCUCCCCACCAAAGACGCGGAUGUGUUCACAUGUGCAAGCCACACACCAGAGAGCCUGACUGGUUCAAAUGCUGGAAGGAGCAGGGUCAGCGCCUGUCACUUUGAAAGGGACCUCGGGGAAGCUGCACUAGUGCUAUUCGAGACAUUCUUGGUCAAUGAUCCAGACGCAGAACUGUGGGUGGUGGUAUAUGCUGUACCUGCAGUACUGACCCUGCUUGUAGGAGUUAACCCUCUUGUCACAGGUCACUUUAUUUGGAAGAGUGUCUCUGCAGUCCACAUGUCGUUUUGCCUGGUGUGGGCCGCCAGCUUGGCGUACCACUUCUUACUUCACACCCAACAUAACAUCUUACACGAAGAGGAAGGCAGGGAGCUGUCUGGUCUGGUGAUUAUCACAGCAUGGAUGAGCCUCUGCCACAGUUCAUCAAAGAAUCCAGUUGGUGGAAGAAUUCAGUUGGUUGUUGCUACUGCAAUUGCUAUUUUCCCACUUAUCUCCUGGGUCUAUGUAUAUAUAAACAAGGAAAUGCGGUCUUCCUGGCCAACGCACUGCAAGACAGUAUUUUAAAUGAAUCCAAGAAUUGUAUUUUAAAUGAGAAAUUUUAAAUGAGAAUUUUCAACUUUAUUUUAUAAACAUUGGGGGAACAGGACAAUUUCCCAGUUUAUUUCAGGUAAUUUGUGCUAAUACUGAAGAUGAUGUUUAAAAAGUCUUUAAGAAUUUUCUAAGAUUGCUUACAGUACAAGGUAAGAUUGGAUGAAAUAGUAAGAAUGGGGAUUCUCCGGAUGCCUUUUGUAAAGGGUGUUCUUCCAUAAUAUAAUGAAAAGGCACUAGAACAAAAGUUGUGAACCAUGAGUUCUUCCAGGCACCAUGAUGCAUGCUUGUGGUCCCCACUACUCAGGAAGCUGAGGCAGGAGGAUUACUUGAGGCCAGGAGUUUGAGGCCAGCCUAGGCAACACAGCAAGAUUCCAUCCUUCCAAAAUUAAUAAAGUAAAUUCAGUAUCUAAGUGACUUGGGCAAAUAUAUAUAGGACAUUUCCUUAUCUAUAAAAUAGAAUUAAUAUGUGAUGGGUCCCUACUUAUACAGUUGCUAUCAUCAAACUAUGAAAAUAUUAACUAUUUAUGGAUUACAAAGGGCUAUCCAUGAGUAAAAUAGAGGGGAGCAGAGUUUGGGUAUUACAUUGAAGUAGAGGUUGUUCAAGAGAGGCCUAUAGCCCUGAAGUAAUCACAGGAUAGUAAACUGGUACUGUGGUACGAAAUAAAUGAGGACUCAAGAAGCCAAUGAACAGGCAUAACUUGAAAAGAAAAUGAAUGAGAAUUAAAAAGGAAUUUGAGACCAAUCAAGAAAAAAAGCAGGAUAUUAAUUAUUCAUAAUUACUCAUUAUUCUAAAUGAAAAAUUUAUACUACUUUUUAAAAGGAAUAUUCAAAGUAACCCCAAGGAGAGGAUAUUAGAGCUACACUCUCCCAACAUGGCAGCCACUAGUCACAUGUUGUUACUGAGCAUUUCAGAUGCAGCUAGGGUAACCAAGAAAGUAAAUUUCGAAUUUUUUUCUACUUACUUUUAAUUUAAAAAUUGACAUCCAAUUAUUGGAAGAGGCUUUAGAAUAACUUGGGCAUGGGAAUCUUUUUCAACUAUCAAUUUGGUCUGUAUUUGAUAUCUAAAUGCAGAUCAAGCAUUCCCAACAAAACUUUAAUAUCCAAAUGUAAAGUACACAGUAGAUUUUAAAGACAUUGUACAAAGUGAGAGGAUGUAAAAUAUUUUUAUAUUAAUGUUAAAAAGAUAAUUUUUAUGAUAAUCGGGUUAAAUAAAAUAUUAAUUUUACUUUUUUAAAUGUGUCUAUACAGUGUGUUGAAUUUUGUGGUUCACCUUGCAUUUCAUUUGGAUAGUGCUAUGAAUAUCUGGAUGGCAACUUUUUAGCUUAUGCUAGCAUCAAAUUUGGAUUUCAUCUGAUUAGUCAGAUACUCAGUUUCAUGAGAUUUAGGAAAUACUUUACUCAAAAAGAAUUAGUGGGAAGAAUUAGUACCUACUUGUCGGGAAAACAAAAAUGAAUCUGAUAGUUUUUCUUUUUAUAGUCUUAAAUACAACAGUAAGUAUUCUAUAAAUAUCUGUUAAAUGAGGUAGGCAAUUUUUUGCAGGGGGAGGGGUCGAGAUGUUUUUGACACAGUGGCCACUAAACAGUCAGAAAUUCUUCAUCAACGAAAAAUUAAUCAAGUUGGUAUUAAAGCAGCUAAAAUGUAAAAGUGUAAUUUAUUUUAAAGGUCAAUAAAAUGCAUAUAAUACAUUGGGUUUUUUUCCAGUGUCUAUUUAGCUUACAUGUUAUUUAUGACUUUUAUACCUCCUUUCAAAUAAGCUAUUAAAGCCACACACAAAGGAAUGGACUCUUCGUAAACUCUCUGUAUGUCCUGCUACUCCAAGUUAUGCUUGAUUCCUGUGCUUAAAUGUUAGCAAUAUCCAAGAUAUAGUUUCAUAGCAUUUGCAUUUCCCUUAUUAGACUAUGAAUUCUGCAAAUAUUCAUAGUAAUGUUUGCAUCUCAAAUUAAGUAUAUAAAAGACAAUAAUUUAGCCAGAUGAACACCAGUAAUCCUAACUAUUCCAGAGGCCGGGCAGGAAUAAUGCAAGUUCAAGGCCAGCCCUGGCAAUUUAGUGAGAACCUGUCUCAAAAUGAAAAGGAGAAAGGGCUGGGGAUAUAGCUCAGAAGUACAGCAUUUAUCUACUCUGCAGGAGGUCCUGGGUUCAAUCCCCAGUACUGGAAAAAAAAAAAAAAAAAAAGAAAAAGAAAAGCAAGCCCCAACACUAACUUUUGGUGGA